AUGAGCGAUCGAUUGAGGACAUUCAAUGAUAGCAAACAAUUACAACGGACACUUCAACUGUUUCAGCAAUAUCGAAAACUUAACAAUGAAACUCCAUCAAGUUCGGCGAACACACAAGUUUUGAAAGCAUGUGUCCAUCUCAAAGAUAUUCGAAGCGAGAAAGCAAUUUAUGAUCUUGUUUCAUCACAUACAAAAAAUAACCAACACAUAGUGACAUUAAUCUUCACUGCUUGA